GUGGAGAAGGAGAUGGUGGAAGAGGCCCUGGACGAGGCCAAGUCCGCCACUCCCGAGCGCAUGAAGGAGCUGGAGAAGGCCUUCGAGGAUGCCCGCAAGGAUCUGCUGCAGCUGGUCUCCAUCAAGCAGGCGGCGCGCUUCGCCCCUGUGAUCAAGCACUGCCAGGACUCGCUGCGGGAGAUCACCGAGCGGGCCGAUACCCACGCGGAG